AUGGGGUUUCUCGAAACCAUCGUCGCUACGCUCGCGGCCGGGUCGGCCUUGCUCGGGACCACGCUCGCCCACCCCGGCGAAGAGCACUCGGCCGAGCACGUCAGGAAGAGCCUUGCCGCUCGAGAAGUGGCUGUUGCCCAUGCCACCCAAGUGUCCAAGUGUGCCGCGUCGCCCAGGCACGCUGCGCUGCAGCAGAGAGCCGUGGCUCGCCGGGCUUUAACUGCACAGCUGCUGCGUGAAAAGCGCAACAUUGUCGACAAGCCCAUGGUGCACAGGCGAGACCAAGCGUCAGUCGACAAGUGGAUCAACACGUGCCACGACAUGACGAGCGCGUACAGCACGGACCUGGCGACGGCCGAGGCGAGCAUCUUCGGGUCCAAGAACGCGACAUCGGCGCUCACGCCCGAGACCAUCGUCGGGCCGUACUUUGUGGCGGGCGAGGUGAUGCGGCGCAACGUCACCGAAAACCAGGCGGGGAUCCCCAUGCACGUCGACCUGCAGUUCGUCGACGUGGCGACGUGCGAGCCCGUGCCCAACAUGCUGGUCGACAUCUGGCACGCCAACGCCACGGGCGUGUACUCGGGGGUGGCGGCCGCCGGCCAGGGCGGGCUCAACUCGACGUUCCUGCGCGGCGUGCAGGCGACCGACGCCGAGGGCGUGGCGCGGUACGACUCGGUGUUCCCGGGGCACUACGUCGGGCGCACCAACCACGUCCACGUGGCGAGCCGGCGCGGCGGCAGCGUGCUGGCCAACGGCACGUACCGCGGCGGCACCGUCAACCACGUCGGCCAGCUGUACUUUGACCAGGAGCUGAUCAGCGCCGUCGAGGUCAUGGACCCGUACGCGCGCAACACGGUGCCGCUGAGCCACAACCGGGCGGAUUUCUUAGUCGGGGAUGAGGCCACCGACGUGUACGACCCGUUUGUCGAGUACAUGCUGCUCAGCGACGACGCCAACGACGGGCUGCUGGUGUGGAUCACCAUCGGCGUCAACACGACGGCCGACUACGACGCCCUGGCCGUGCCCGCCGCCACGUACCAGGAGGGCGGCGGCAAGGAGAACGAGGGAUUCGGGGCGGGCGGCCCGCCGCCGGGAUCGAAUGCAGUGUGGAAACUUGGCAUUCGGUAG